AUCGGCUUCAGGUGAAAAUGAUGAAGCAGUGAUGAGGAGGAGGGAGGAGCAAACAGGCAGCGUGUCCAUAAACCUGGGGGUCAUCCUGCUUCUUGAAGUCAAGACAAACCCCAGGUAUGUCGGAGAGACAGUUUGACCACAAAGGGAAUCGCAUCCCAUCAGGUCGACAGCUCCAGAGGACCCCCCCUCGUCACGUGGACGUAGUAAGACACUUGAGUUUCUGUGCUGAGGACAAUGAAGAUGAGGUGGAGCCACAGCAGAACAUGGAGGCAGGGAGCAGAGAGGAAAGUAACCCUGACGAGAAGGGGAUGUUUGAUAUCAACAACCCUGAGACGAGAACAGAAAACUCCCCAGAGCACUUGUACCCUGACUCCAUGCUGAGAGGGAUGAAGGGUUAUCAGCCGCUACCGGGCGACUUGGAGUUCAUCAGAAAGGUGACAGAAGAGAAGCUUAUUGGAAAACUGCAGGGAAACCUGGAAGAGGCGCAGCGGGCAUUGAAAAAAGAAAUGGCGGCCCUGAAACAGGCGUGUGCUACCAGGGACGUAGCGCAUGCUGAACUCAACAAGUUCCCGUCCUGUGAAGAGCUCGCCGAGUGGGUGACGGUGGUCCUCCAAAUGACUUCGCCCACGCUCGACCUGACGGACCUCGAUGCCAAGUCUCUCCUGGCCCUGGUAACGGAGAAAAACGUCCUGAGAGCCACGGACGAGAAGAGAGUCGAGCUCGCUUGUCUGGAGAAGAUGGUGGAGGACAAGAGAAAGGAAGAAGCUAAAGAGAGAGGACAGCUUGAAAAGCGAAUUGCAUCCCAACAGCGGAAGAUUCACGGCAUGAUGAGCCAGGUAUCUGACCUGACGCGUGAGCUUGCUCAAGAAGAGGAGGCCUACAAACUUCUUCAGAUGCAGAUCAAGACCCACAGAGAAACCAAAGAGAAAGAAGCAGUGAAAACGACCUCUGGGGAACUUCAAGGGAGAAAUCGCAGACUGGAAAGAAAAAAGGAGAAGUUGCAAGACCCGACAAACCAAAGAAAAUCAACAAGGAGCAAACGUACAGAGAAUCAGGCCACUUUGAAAGAGGAUCGUGCGAGUAAGAGCACGAAUGAAGCUCCAUCAGCAACCAAGCAGACAAAACAGAAGUCUGAAGACAAGUCCGUCAAAGGUCCAAAGAAGAAAGUCGAGGAGCAGGAAGUGCCUGUUCAAGCCGUGCGAGGGAGGAGAAAACCUCCUCCUGCUGCACUUGCCACAGCUCCAGCGAAGAAUCAAAGUAAAGUGAAAUCCGCGGAGGUCCAGUCGGCGUUGCAGCCGGCCGCUCCGUCACGCUGCCGGAGGAAAGCUGCCGUGGCGCCACCUGGUGCUGGAGAGGAGGCACAGAACGCUGGUCCGAGAAGAUCGAAGAGGCUCGCGAGCAAGAGCUGAAGGUCGAGAAAUAUCACAAAUGCUCGUGGAUAAUUCUUCACAACAUCGAUGAUCCCAUAACUCCUUUAUUUAAGUAUUUUCUAUACUUUCAGGUUAACUUUUAAUUUAUCCAGCACUUUGCUUUAUGAGCGAAUACCCUACUUAGCUUACAUGUUGACUUCAGUCUAAUAAUUGUGUUUGUAUUAUUUUAGGAACCUGUUGGCCUUUUCACUGUGCACAAUAAAGUAAUGGUAAGCGUC